AUGACACCGAUGCAGAAUGGAACAGAAGUGACACACUUUCUCCUGCUGGGACUCACUGAUGAACCAGAGCUACAGAUUCCCCUUUUCAUCACCUUCUUCCUCAUCUACACCAUCACUCUGGUGGGCAACCUGGGGAUGAUCCUCCUGAUUGUCCUGGACUCUCGACUCCACACUCCUAUGUACUUUUUCUUGGGCAAUCUCUCCUUUGUUGAUUUUUGUUACUCCUCAGCUGUCACGCCCACAGUCAUGACUGGGCUCCUUGUAGGAGACAAAGUCAUUUCCUACAAUGACUGUGCUGCGCAGAUGUUCUUUUUUGUAGCCUUUGCUACUGUUGAGAAUUACCUGCUGGCCUCAAUGGCCUAUGAUCGCUAUGCAGCGGUGUGUAAGCCACUAUACUAUGCUACCACUAUGACUACAAGUGUGUAUGUUUGUCUUUCUAUAGGUUCAUAUUUCUGUGGUUUUCUGAAUGCCUCCAUCCACAUUGGGGACACUUUCAGUCUUUCUUUCUGUGGGGCCUAUGUGGUCCAUCACUUUUUUUGUGAUAUUCCAGCAGUCAUGGUUCUCUCUUGCUCUGACAGAUAUGUGAGUGAGCUGGUUCUCGUUUAUGUUGUGAGUUUCAAUAUCUUUUUUGCUCUCUUGGUUAUCUGGAUAUCCUACAUGUUCAUUUUCAUCACUAUCCUGAAGAUGCAGUCAAGUGCUGGAUACCGAAAGGCUCUAUCCACCUGUGCCUCCCACUUCACUGCAGUCUCUAUCUUCUAUGGGACUAUCAUAUUCAUGUACCUGCAGCCCAGCUCCAGCCACUCCAUGGAUACUGACAAAAUCGCAUCUGUGUUUUACACCAUGGUCAUUCCUAUGCUGAACCCUCUGGUCUACAGCUUGAGGAACAAGGAAGUCAAGAGUGCCUUUACAAAAAUUUUGCUGAUAGCAAAAUAG